AUGUCAUACUUUUAUCGUCGUUUCGGAGAAACUGUUAGUCAUCAUUUUCAUAGAGUUUUACGAGCAAUUAUAGCAUUGGAGGAUCAAUUUCUUCACCAGCUUAUGGGAGAACAAGUUCCUUCAGAAAUACUUAAUAGUGCAAGAUUUUAUCCAUAUUAUAAGGAUUGUGUGGGUGCAAUUGGUGGAACCCAUGUUCGUGUUAAGGUGUCCAGCAUUGAUGCGGCAAAAUAUCGUGGUAGAAAAGAGCAUCUAACACAAAAUGUGCUAGCUGCAUGUAAAUAUUAUCUUGUUGAUGUUGGAUUCAUGUUGAGAAGGGGACUUCUUACACCUUACAGAAAUUUUGAUCCUGACUUGGAGUACAUUAAUGAAGCGGAUGAGGAAUUGGCACGUCAAUCUCCAUCGGAGAAAGAAAGUGGAGAUAUAAGUGCUGAAAAAGAUCAUGCUCAAGGAGAGAGUUUAAGGAAUGAAAUAGCAAUGCAAAUGUGGAAUGAUUACUUGACUUGA